UCUCCUGGGACGAGCCGGGUGCUGCUCCCUCAAAAGGCUCUUAUUGCGUCGGGAACCCCCCCGAGCGAUCAGGCUGCGCGCCUACUCUGUGCUGCCGAACAGAGCUUGGGGCGGGCCGACGGCUCCGCGUUCCGCGGGGUGUGGCCUCGGCAUUAUUUAUGAGCUCCAGCCCCUAUUUGCUCAGCUAAUGAUGCACCGCCGUGCCUUGCCUCUCAGCGCGGCGGCGAGGGCUGGGCAGCGCUGUAACUGGAAACCGGAGCCUUCACCGUCACCGCGCGGCCACUUUCCAUUCACUUCUAGGUGCUUCAUUGAGGGCUGGGGAGAAGCGCUCCCGGUGCCUUAGGAUUAUUUUACAAAGGAAUUGGGAGUACCUUUGCUACCACGAGGAAGAGAGACUUUUCUUUAUGGUUUGUUUUUAUUUUAUUUUAUUCUAUUUCUCCUCCUCACCAUGAGCUAGGUUUGGAAUUAAAACGUUCUGGUAACAGGAGUGGAGCUCAUAAACUGAUAGAAACCAGAUAGAAAUCUGUAUUACUGGUUCCUUCAAUAGCUGGAUGGUUCCUGCCAUGAUAGGAUGGUUACAGCCAGUUCUUUUAGAAAAGGUUUGAAUCACAGAAGAGACUCAGUGAACAAAGAUGUAGAAAUAUUGUCUUCCACUGGAGGGACUGCAGUGCUAGAGCUGAGGUUUCAUUUCUUGGAUAUUAAGUUGCAAAUCUGAAGAGAUGGCAUUUCUUGUACUGCACGUGGUGAUUGGGAUAUUUAUUUACUUUAGCAGUGUAAAAGGAUCUUCCCAGCCUCAAGCAAGGGUGUUUUUAACAUUCAAUGAGCUUCAAGCGACGAAGACCUCUGAAUAUCACAGAAUAUCACACAGUCCUCUGGAUUACAGGAUAUUAUUAAUGGAUGAAGAUCAGGAUCGGAUCUAUGUGGGCAGCAAAGAUCACAUUCUGUCUUUGAAUAUCAAUAAUAUAAGCCAAGACCCUCUUAGUAUUUUGUGGCCAGCAUCAGCAAAUAAGGUUGAAGAGUGCAAAAUGGCUGGCAAAGACCCUACGCAUGGCUGUGGAAAUUUUGUGCGGGUGAUACAGUCAUACAAUCGCACACACCUGUACGUCUGUGGCAGUGGAGCCUUCAGCCCAGUGUGUGUGUAUGUCAACAGGGGACGCAGGUCUGAGGAACAAAUCUUCAAGAUUGACUCCAAGUGUGAGUCAGGGAAGGGACGCUGCUCUUUCAACCCAAAUGUGAACACAGUGUCUGUUAUGAUCAAUGAAGAGCUUUUUUCAGGAAUGUAUAUUGAUUUCAUGGGGACAGAUGCAGCCAUUUUUCGGAGCCUGACCAAGCGGAACGCCGUGCGAACUGACCAGCACAACUCCAAGUGGCUGAGUGAGCCUAUUUUUGUAGAUGCUCAUGUUAUACCAGAUGGCACUGACCCCAAUGAUGCCAAAAUCUACUUCUUCUUCAAAGAGAGACUGACCGACAACAGUGGCAGCACCAAGCAAAUUCACUCAAUGAUUGCAAGAAUAUGCCCAAAUGAUACAGGUGGUCAGCGUAGUCUUGUGAACAAAUGGACUACAUUCUUGAAAGCAAGACUGGUGUGCUCAGUAAUGGAUGAAGAUGGAACAGAAACAUACUUUGAUGAAUUAGAGGAUGUGUUUCUUUUGGAGACAGAUAACCCCAGAACAACGCUUGUGUAUGGAAUUUUUACAACAUCAAGCUCCAUUUUUAAAGGCUCAGCUGUGUGUGUGUAUCAUUUAUCUGACAUCCAGACUGUGUUCAAUGGGCCAUUUGCACACAAGGAGGGCCCAAACCAUCAGCUGAUUCCAUAUCAGGGCAGAAUUCCAUACCCACGACCUGGCACUUGUCCAGGAGGAGCCUUCACACCCAAUAUGAGGACAACCAAAGAGUUUCCAGAUGAUGUUGUGACCUUCAUUAGAAAUCAUCCUUUGAUGUAUAAUCCCAUUUACCCAAUACAUAAGAGGCCAUUAAUCAUCCGGAUAGGAACAGACUACAAGUAUACAAAGAUUGCUGUGGACCGAGUGAAUGCUGCUGAUGGAAGAUACCAUGUCUUGUUUCUUGGAACAGAUCAAGGAACUGUACAAAAAGUUGUUGUCUUACCCACCAACUUCUCUGCAAGCGGAGAACUCAUUUUAGAAGAGCUGGAGGUUUUUCAGAGUAACUCUCCUAUAACAACAAUGAAGAUUUCAUCUAAAAAGCAACAGCUGUACGUGAGCUCAGAGGAAGGGAUCACACAGGUCCCCCUGCACCGCUGCCACAUCUAUGGGACCGCCUGUGCUGACUGCUGCCUUGCCCGGGACCCUUACUGUGCCUGGGAUGGCAACUCCUGCUCCAGGUUCUAUCCCACAGGGAAAAGGAGGAGUCGUAGGCAAGAUGUGAGACAUGGAAACCCUCUGACUCAGUGCCGAGGUUUCAACCUGAAAGCAUACAGAAAUGCAGCAGAAACAGUCCAAUAUGGAGUGAAAAACAACACCACCUUUCUUGAAUGCACACCCAAAUCUCCUCAGGCUUCUAUUAAAUGGCUGCUACAGAAAGAUAAUGACAGGAGGAAAGAGGUUAAGCUGAAUGAGAGGAUCAUAGCUACUGAGCAAGGACUUCUCAUUCGCUCUGUCCAAGACAGUGAUCGGGGGCUUUAUCACUGCAUUGCAACAGAGAACAAUUUCAAGCAGACCUUAGCAAAGAUCAAUUUCAAAGUGCUGGAUACAGAGAUGGUGGCCUACAUGACAGACAAAUGGUCCCCGUGGACCUGGGCCAGCUCUGUGCGAGCCCUGCAGUUCCACCCAAAGGACUUUGUGGGAACUUUCAGUCACUCUGAAAUGCAGAUGAUCAACCAAUACUGCAAAGACAGUAGACAGCAAGGUCAGCGGAGGGAAGAACCCCAGAAGAUGAGAGGAGACUACAGCAAACUAAAGGCCCUUAUCAAUAGCAGGAAAAGUAGAAAUCGAAGAAAUCAGUUACCUGGUUCUUAAUUUUAUUUUGCUGAAGGAGAUAUCUUUGUCCUCACUGUAGAGGGCUUAUAUUUGUCUGUUGAGAACAAAGUUGUGCAAAUACGAUGAAAAAUUAGAUGAAAUUACAACAAGCUUCAGAAAAGAUCCUCCUCCAAAUAAAAUGCAGUGUAACUCAAGUAAAGAAAAGAUGUGGAGUUUUUCAGUCCUAGGUGCUUACUGGCACUAGGUUAGUCUAUGUCAUGGAAACAAAAAUGAGUGUUCUUCUUAAACCAGAUUCAUAUUUAGUAUCUCGUUAUUUAAUUAUAGUUGAACAGAAAUAUAGUUACAGUUGAACAAGCUCAGUGCAGCAUCUUACAACUCUGGAGCUGUACCAGAAUGGUGGUGAAAGAAUCUGGAUUAAAAUGCACACCCCAAGUAGGGUGGUGCAACUAAAAUUUCUUUGCACUGCAUUUACGAACACGAGUUUCUGCUUGUUUACUAAUUAAUACUGGGUUUACAAUUUUCAUUCAUUCUUCAAAUCAUUUAGGUACAUGCAGAUAAGAUGCACGUAAAGUGUAAUAGAAAUGUGUCAUUCAUUCAGAGGUCAAAUGAAGGAAUGAAUAGAAGAAAAAAAAUAUGUUUUUAUACUUUGUCAGAGGAAACACUGAUUGUUGUGCAUAGUAUGAGUUGUAAUAAAUUAAUGAGUUCUGGAAUGUAACUUAAAAUAUCUCUGCUCAUAUUGAUUUUUGUUAAUAUACAAUGUUCUGUAACACUACAGAGCUUUAUAAGUGGUACAACGCUAACAUGAGAAUGUUCAUUAUAUGUACAAUUUUGAAAGCACCUAAGUGACUUAGGUAUUUUAGCUGUUUUCAAAGAAUUACACUCCUUUGGUUUGUUUUGCAAAAGACAGAAUGUGUAGAGUGUUUAUUCAAAAAAAAGUAUUUAAUCUAUUGCAUAGUUAAAUUGAGGUUGGCUUGCAAUAUAGAAACAAGUUAUGAACAUCUUUGAAAAUUUUAAAACUUAUUUUUUUCAGCUUCUCAACAUGGAAAAUGUUAUCUAGGUUUUUUAAAUUAAAGCUUUUCCACUUUUCUUUUUAAUGCUGUUUUCACAAUUUCCUCCUCUAUUCUUUUUUUUCUGCUGUAAAGAAUAUUCGAAAAAGAAAUAAAAAGUGAAAAGAAAGAGAGAAAAACAAUAUUUUAAAAACUGGUUAGGGUCAAAAACCAAAAAGUAUAGCAACAUUUUGAGAGAUACAUUUAAAUAGAAAUAUUUUUGUUUAAGAAGAAGCUGUCAGGCCUAUUGAAGUUCGUCUUGUUGCUAAUUGGUUGCAUGUGCAUCAAGCUAUCUUGGUAAAAGCAAUCACCUUUUUUUUUUUUUUUGAGCAACACCAAUACCACAAAACAGGGACAGCUGUUCUUUAUUUUAUUGUGUAAGAGUGUUUCAGAAUCCACUGAGUCUCUUCAGAGGAAUUUAGACACCAGGGAAGUCUAUCUGGGGGUUAAAUCUGUGGGAGUAACUUAGAAAAAUUAUGUUUUAUUUUAUGAUGGUGUCAGCUAUUUAACUGAGUAUGGUCAGCUCAACAAAAACAAAAGCAAAAAUUAAAAAAAAAAAAAAAAAAAAAAAA